AUGCCUGCCGAUUCAAAUAUAAUAGUAGCGGGAGGAGAGUGUGAAAACGUAAGUCUGUUUCAAAGUCUCUCGGAGAGAUCGAAACAUGAAGAUUUUAUACGUCGGGCGGUAGAUUUGUUGGUGGAAAGAGUGGUUUUUGGUAGAUCUUCGAGAAGUUCGAAAGUUGUGGAAUGGGCGAGCCCUGAGGAAAUUAAAAAAUCUAUAGAUUUAAAACCUCGAAAUGGGCCUGUAUCGCACGAGGAGCUGUUGGCUUUCAUGGCUGAUGUUGCCCGGUAUUCCGUUAACACAGGACAUCCAUAUUUCGUGAACCAGCUUUUCUCUUCUGUAGACCCUUACGGUCUGGUUGGUCAAUGGCUGACAGAUGCUCUCAAUCCUAGUGUGUAUACCUUCGAAGUAGCUCCAGUUUUUACUUUAAUGGAAGAAGAGGUGCUUCGGGAAAUGCGCGCUAUCGUCGGAUGGCACGGUGGUGAAGGCGAUGGUAUUUUUUGCCCAGGUGGAUCUAUUGCCAAUGGAUAUGCGAUAAGCUGCGCUCGGCACUAUUUCUAUCCUGAAACUAAGAGCAAAGGCGUUUAUGCAGUACCAAGACUGGUACUAUUCACAUCUGAACUUGCACAUUAUUCUACACGCAAAAUGGCUGCUUUUAUGGGGAUUGGUAGCGACAAUUGUAUCGCAGUAAAAACAGAUGAUGUUGGCAAAAUGGAUGUUGAGGAUUUGGAAAAGAAAAUUAAUGAGGCUAUUGAAAACGGAUCCACUCCUUUUAUGGUGACCUCUACUUCUGGUACAACAGUCUUUGGAGCAUUCGACCCGAUAAUACCAAUUGCUAACUUGUGCAAGAAAUACAACCUUUGGCUUCAUGUCGACGCUGCUUGGGGAGGUGGCGCGUUAAUGUCAAAAAAACACAGGCAUCUUUUAAACGGGAUUGAAAUGGCAGAUUCAGUUACAUGGAAUCCACAUAAGCUACUAGCAGCCCCACAACAAUGCUCCACUUUUUUAAUUAGGCAUAAACGCGUCCUCCAAGAGGCUCACUCGUCUAAUGCGAAAUAUCUUUUCCAAAAAGAUAAAUUUUACGACACUUCUUACGACACUGGUGAUAAACACAUACAGUGUGGUCGCAGAGCUGACGUCUUGAAAUUCUGGUUUAUGUGGAAAGCGAAAGGUACUGAAGGUUUUGAAAAGCAUAUCGACAAACUAUUUGAUAAUGCAAAAUUCUUCCUUGAACAUAUUAAACAGAGAGAAGGUUUUCAACUCGUGCUAGAGAAACCUGAAUGUACCAACAUAAUGUUAUGGUACAUUCCCAAAUGUCUUCGUGGCUGUGAGAACGACCCCGAUUACAAGGAAAGAUUACACAAAGUCGCACCAAAACUAAAGGAACGAAUGAUAAAGGAAGGGAGUAUGAUGGUCACAUAUCAGCCACAAGGUAACCUCGUGAACUUUUUCCGCAUUGUUUUUCAAAACUCAGCACUCGAUCAUAAGGAUAUGCUCUACUUCGCUAAUGAGUUCGAAAGGCUUGGAUCGGAUAUAGUUGUU